AUGGCAGACACCACCGAACAAGCUCCCCCGGAACCGAUCGAGGCGGGUGAUGCUGGCCAGAGUGAGGACGAGUUCGAACCCCAGGAAUGGGAAUCGUCCUCCUCUGGAUCGGCUUCUGUUACGUCAUCCAUCUUGCAGCAUGCUUACGCCAACGGAAGACGGGUACCCCCAAAUGUCCACUUCAUCGUCGAUGACGUCGAGGACGAAUGGCUUUCUGGCGACAACUUUGACUUCAUCCAUAUGCGGAACCUCGCAUCUCUAGUCCAUGACCUGCCCAAGCUACUUGAACGUGUCUAUGCCAAUCUCAAGCCUGGUGCGUGGGUCGAGACUCAGGAUUUCAGCGCCAACGUCGCCUGUGAUGACGGCACAAUGCCUGAGGACUGGUACCUCUUGCAGUUCUGGGAGAAGAUCCGCCAGGCCAUGUCGAAGCUCAACAUCGAUAUACAGGUGGGACCUCGCAUAGGUAAAAUCAUGGAGGAGGCAGGCUUCGUCAAUGUGCAGAAGAAGUCGUACAAGGUCCCUGUCGGGACUUGGCCCAAGGACAAGACCUUGCGCUUGGUGGGCAUGUACAUGCGAACCGUGACUGAGGACUUCCUGGGUGCGGCGGCGAGUAAGCCUUUGGCGGCUUUGGGCAUGGAGCGGACGGAGAUUGAGGUCUUCCUUGCCUUGGUCCGCAAAGCGAUCAGGGACCCCGAGGUUCAUGCGUACGGAACUUACUACUCAUGGACUGGACAAAAGCCUCGUGCCACUGAAGGCGGGCAGGGUCCUUGA